AUAACUUUUUUUUAAGUGUUUUUAGCUUUUAUUCUCGUUCAGAACUGAAACUUCAAUCCAUGUCACAGAAGUCUUGUUUUUUAAAAAUAAAUUUCCUUAAUUGUUUUCAGUGUCUUUUAUUUGUACCUGACCUUAAAGCUUUGGAUUCUAGCAAGUCAGCAGAGCAGAAGGUCACUGGGUCUCUGUUUGUGUGUAAACUCCUUCUAGCCAAUGGGACAAUGGUAUCACAUAACCUCAUUUCUGUGUGUUCUAACAAAACAAGCUAUAAAUACAAGCAUACAUCAUUCCACUCGUCUUUCUUUUUGGAUUUGAAGAUAAGAGGAACAAAGCUGGCAAAAUGGUUUCUCAGGGGAUUCAGAUAUUUGGUAUGUUGAUGGCUUUAAUUGGCUGGUUCAUGGUGAUUGUGGUGUGCGUCUUGCCCAUGUGGAAGGUCACUGCUUUCAUCGGAGCUAACAUCAUCACAGCUCAGAUCAUCUGGCAGGGCAUGUGGAUGAACUGUGUGGUGAUGAGUACAGGCCAGAUGCAGUGCAAGGUGUAUGACUCAAUGAUGGCCCUGCCCCAGGACCUGCAGGCAGCUCGUGCCAUGAUCAUCAUCUCCAUCCUGACUGGAAUAUUUGGAGUGAUCUUUUCAAUCGCUGGUGGAAAAUGUACUAAUUUCAUUGAGGAGGAGCGAUCCAAGGCGAAGGCUUGCAUCCUGGCUGGAGUUUGGUUCAUCAUCUCGGGGUUGCUUUGUCUCAUUCCAGUCUCCUGGUCUUCCAACUCCACCAUCAUCAACUUCUACAAUCCGCUCGGGAUUGAACCUCAGAGGUAUGAAUUAGGAGCGGCACUGUAUAUCGGCUGGGCAGCUGCUGCACUGCUGCUGAUUGGAGGGGAGCUACUUUGUUGGAACUGCCCCCCCAACACCCCCACUUCAUACCCAAAUUGACACCUGUGAAGUCAGUGUCCACAUCAAGACUAUAUGUAUGAGUUGGUUAAAACCUCCUAAAUGGACUUACAAAGCUUAAAUAUAUAGUCACAUGAAGUAUAUGUAACAUGUAAUGACAGCUUACCACCAGAUUGCAGUUGGUGUAUGUGUCUAAGUGACCUUUCUCACAGUUUACAUCUUGUCAAGCAAGUGCAACUGACAGCAUAAACAAUGACUUUAUUCCAUCAGCAGGGCCCUCGGCAGGGGUGUAGCACAAAAUUCUGGGCCCCAUACAAGUCUCUGUGGGCCAUCUUCCUCUCUUGGUCCCUGUCUCUCACGCGUCUUUUGAAAAAAGUUGACAAAUAAUUGAGCUAACAACUGUAACAAUUAAACUGUUCUUACCACAUUUAAACAAGUAAUAACAAGGGCAUCAAUUUGUGUUGAAAAGUGGCUCAGAUUAGGGAAAAUUGGAACAUUUAACAUUUAAUUUCCUGCAUUCUGGACGUAUUUCCGCUACAAAUUAAAGUGGAAAUGUCUUUAUUUAUAUAAAGGGAAACAAAAUCAACGGCACUGUAAGCAGAGGAGAUGAUAAUGCAGCAAUGCAUUGACAUGAUACAGUAUAUCCAUAGUGUGUGAGGAGGUUACUGCAGUGUAGUUUCCAUAGGAAACAGGAUAGAGGAUAAAUCACUUCCUGUAACAAAGUCAUAAGGUGUUCAAUGAAAAAAGCAAGCACCAGGGACCAGAUGGGCAAGAUUUUUUGUGCACAAUACUGGGUAAGGUGUGGGAAAAAUUGAGUUUGUUUACCCAACAGGGGUAUCUACAAUAUAGGUCAUGUAGUUUAAUGUAUUUAAAGUGCAAAGUGACAGUAUAGUUGUCUCGACUGCCUUUCUGUAUCUCAUCACUCCAUCAAUGCUGAAACUGAUCUCUCUUUUUAAUCGUGGUGCAGAUUGUGUGUCUUAAUUCGGCCACAUCCUGUGUCUUGAUCUUUGCAUCUGCUUUCUGGUUUCUGUUCAUCAACACCAGCCAUACAGCAAACGUUCAACAUCAGGGACCAAGCAACUAGUGGACUGAUUAACUGUGUGUCUUAUCCAUUUUUGGUUUGUACCACGAUUUUAGCCUAUUUUUUUUAUCUAUAUAGACAGCUAUAGCUCAGUAAUUUAACAGAUUAUAAAAGCAUACAAGAAACAACAUUAUGAAAACUACUUAACUAACCUUAACUUGUUUAAGGUUACUAAUUAAGUAACCUUAAACAAAGCUGUUCACAGUUCCUGAAAAGCGGACAUUUUGUAGAUGUGUGACUUUCACUUCACAACAGCAGAGCAGUGUUUUCUGUCACUGUUACCGUAGUACAUAAUAGAAAAUAUGUCAAAAGAAAAAACUUGUACUUACCUCUUGACCAAUACUACAGUUUUGAGGGUGUGGCUGAUGUGUGCUAUUUUUUUAAAGCCUG